CUCGGGUCCCCCCUCCUUCCCUCUCUCUCCCUCUCCCGCGCGCGCAGGUCCCUGUGCUGCUGCUGCUGCUGCAAUCCACCGACGAGCGAGCUGCGCUGUAGCAUAGCAAUAGCAUGAGCAAUAGCAUUAGCAGUAGCAUAGAGACAGCAGAGAAGUAGAGUAGAGCAGAGCAGAGCAGAGGGUGGGGGGAGUGGUGUGGACUCGGGAGGGAGGAAGCGGUUCGUCUUGCGUCGUUCGGCUUUCUGCAUGAGCAGGCGAGGAAAUGUGGAAGGUCGAGAGCGAUGGCUUCGGGUGGGAGCAGCAGAUAAUGACAUGGCAGCUCGGUGGCAGCCGCGCAACUUUCACCUUCACCUGCACCUGCACUGCGAUCGAGCUCGAGCUGGCUUCGGGUCAGCGUCUGCGUCUGAACUUCGCUCGCGCCCAAGUGGUGUAGAUUGCGUACAGAAAAAUAAUAAUCUUCUUCCUGUGACCACGACGACUGCUUGCUGCUUCCACUAGGAAGCAGAGAACGAGAGCUAGAGAUUUUGAGAGCGACGGAGCCGUGGGCGAAUGCGGAGUCGCAAGCGAAUGAUCGACUCUCUGGAAGCCCAAAAAAAGUUGCCGAGACUGCGGGUCGUUGUCCCGGUGGUGGUGGUGGUGGUGAUGAUGAUGAUGGUGGUGAUGGUUGUGUGAUGAUUCGCAGCUGAACUUUGCUCGGGCAAGAAUGCGUUACAGGGCGAGCAGGCCGACGAGGAGGAAGACAUCGUACGGUGGGGCCUGAAGGAUUUUCGCGAGGAGAACAGAGCAGUAGAUUUUUAGAGCAUAGGGAGGGGAGGGGAGUGUGGUAGCAGAGACGUGAAAAUAAGGUGAGCGAGCAGCUGUCAGCUGAGUGGUGACGAUACGCGAGGGCUGCAGACGUGACAGAACUUCAUCCGUUGGCUCACGGCUCCUGAUUAAGAAUUUGCCGAUGGCACUCGAACCGAUCAAAUCGUUCGUGGAGUAGAGAUUGUUUAUUUAGACGAAAUGAUUUUCCAUUUUCUGGCAGAACGUAUUAUUCGAUUGGAGGAAGCUCGAGGUUGCUGCUGAGAAGGUGCCAGUUGCUGCUGAGCCCAGGGAGGGCAGAAAAUGACGCUCAUGAAGAUGGCGUCCUUCAGCAACAAAAUGCAGAACGAUCUGCUCCCGGAGGACUCUUCCAUCAUUUUCCCAAUGCCCACCCUCCUGGUCUCAGAUGUCUCAACCACCGUCAACAGGGGACAUUGCCGAUCGCUGAGUGCUCCGGCAGAGGCUACAGCUACUACAGCACCAUGGGAUUUAUCCCCUGGCGCAUUUCAGCACUUGAAAGAGAAUUGGCAGGGUUGGAAAUGGAAAAUGAUGAAGAAGAACAAUGGAGACAAGAAGAAGCGGGCUCUAUACGACCGCAGGGUUGCUCUGGAAGAAGAUGUGGCUCACUUGCAAACUCAGCUCAAGACGGAGAGAGCAGUGCGACAAGGCCUAGAGAGAGCUUUGGGUCAAGGUCAAAGCAAUAAAAGAGUUCCAAUAUCGCUGCCCGGAGAUAUUCCGGCUUCUACCUUCUCUCCAAAGGCGAAGGAGUUGAUUACAGAGAUUGCGAAUCUCGAGACUGAAGUGGCGAGUUUGGAGCAUCACGUUCUGUCUCUCUACCGAAAGGUUCUAGAUCAGCAGAUGUGUACAUCUCCUCCGUUGUCUUCUGUGUCCUCUGUGCAUAAUGUACCGAAUUUAUCGGGUCUAUCAACACCGACAGAUAUUAGCGCCCCAGCGCAACAACGACUCUUUUCCAAAAUUUCGCUCAAGCGCAAAAGCGCAGCGUUAACAUCAUCCCAUCGCCGCAAUGUGUCUUCUGCCACUACCUCUGGCACUAAUGAGACACAGAUAGAAGUGGCCUCUGCGUUCCAGACCAAAUCAAGGCAUGGUUCGCUGCUGGGAGGAGCCUUUAACUGUAUCGAUGGAAGCUCGGCGCAAGAAACUUCACAGCAGCUCUCCUCGUCGUCCACAAUUUUGGUGCUUCAAGAUCCCAAUACCUCUUCGGUGGAACAAGGGAAGUCAGAAAUUGUGGCUGCAACUUCUAGAGAAAAUUCUAAGAAGGAAGCAUUUCUAGCAUCACCUCAAACAACGGCGCUGGCUCUACUCAGUUCAGGUCCUCACUCAGCUCCAGCAUCGGAGAGUGGGUUCGGAAAGUACUCGGAGAGCCCGAGGCUGUACCCGGGAACUCCCAACAGGCUGUCGGAGGAGUUGGUCAGGUGCAUGGCAGCCAUAUACUGCAAACUCGCAGAUCCGCCACUGUCAGCCAGCUCGGCCCCAAUCUCACCCUCAUCCUGCUCAUCGUCCUCCUCGGGCUCGUCGAUGACAACGACCUCGUCUUCACCGCGAGGCUUCUCCACCGACAGCUGGGCCGGCAGUCCGGGAUGGCGAGGAGCUGACAACACUUCGGAAGUGGCGGCUCUCGUGGACCCCUUCCAGCUCAAGGAUCGCAAGGGGGACGUAGUGGGAGCAUACAGCUCCGCCGUCGAAGUCCCGUGGAUCUGCGUCGACAAAGACCGCCUCACUUACGCCGCUCGUGCACUCAGAAACUUCCGAUCCAUGGUGGAGCAGCUGGAGAAGGUCGAUCCCGGUCUCAUGAAGCACGAGGAGAAAAUGGCUUUCUGGAUCAACGUGUACAACGCCCUCAUGAUGCAUGCUUACUUGGCUUACGGAAUUCCUCGCAGCCACUUGAAGAGACUCUCCCUCGUGCAAAAGGCUUCAUACAAAGUCGGACCUCACUCAAUCAAUGCACACAUGAUCGAGCACUGCAUUCUCGGCUGUCGAUCCCGGAGACCGACUCAGUGGCUUCAAACGUUUUUCUCGACCGCAUCCAAGUUCAAAUCAGGAGAUGAACGAAAAUCCUAUGCCCUGGACAAGGUCGAACCUUUAGUGUGCUUUGCCCUUUGCUGUGGUGGUCGAUCAGAUCCUGCGAUUCGGGUCUACAGCGCAAAACACGUGCGACAAGAGCUCGAGUGUGCCAGAAGAGAUUAUCUACAAGCCAGCAUUGGUAUCCGAAGUGGAAGUCGAGUGCUUCUACCGAGAAUUUUGGAGUGGUAUGCCCGGGAAUGCUCCAUCGCACACUCCAACCUUCUCGAGUGGGUUUGCCAAUUUGUGAGCGACAAGCAGCAGGCAGCGAUCAAAAAGUUCCUCUCAUCGAAAUCUCAAAAGAAUGCUGCGAACUGUGUGGAAUGGCUUCCAUACAACAGUACCUUCCGUUACAUCUUCGUCAGAGACCUCGCAAGGCUUGCUCCCUUGACAACGCAAUGAGGAAGUCAACUUCUUCGGGUGUAAAUAUCAAUCAAUUUAUUGAAAAUUGUAUUCUAGUUUCACCAGCUGGCAUGGCAGGACACUUCAGCUACGUGGGAAUUUGCACCUACUGACGUCCCGUAUCGUUAUCAUGACGAGCAAACACUCCACUCCAGUGCACUCACUGUGCUGGUCAAGCGCGAAGGAUGGGUCCAUCCAUGUCCAUAGCUGAACAACUCUGCUGUUGCGCUCAUUACGAUGGGAGCCAUCGUCGCUUGCUAUGUGCUGAGGUGCUGGGCUGUCGAGUCCUACCAUUCUCGGGUGCUACAGCUUUUCCUGUUAGAUUAUAAUGAUGUACAUAAUAACGCUUGAUUGAGGGUUUUUGUAAGAGCUGAACCGCUUCCUACCCUCCGUAUGAGAGUCACACUCUUCGCCAGGUUCGUCCCAUAUCCAUCAGCGUGGACUGGGAUGUCGAGACGUGUACUGGCGAGGGGAAGGUGAUGGAGAGAACUGAGAACGAGAACUCAAAAGCCGCAGAGCCCAGCAUUAGUGCUUUACCGUAUAAUUAGACGGCCUUUAUCUUGAAGUAAAUGCGCCUUUGAGUGCGAUAAUUGGUUCGUGUUCGCGUUGUGCAAAAUCUUCCCCCCUGAGGUUGUGCAUUUUCCAGCUACUAUUGCUAUUUUUUUAUAUAUGUUUAUUUUCCCCAGAGCU